AUGGUGUUCUAUGGCCAGACUGUUGAUGGGAUCCCCGACCGGGGGUAUAUCCUCUAUAUUACGGCCCUGGUGAUGGUCUUGGUUGCGGCUGUUUUUGUUACUGCUCGUUUAGGGACGAGGAUUGUUACGAGGCAACUUGGGCUGGAUGAUAUUUGUCUCGGGCUUGCUCUGGUCUCGUCGGUUGUUUUGACUGCAGCUAUUGAUAUGUCUGUAUACCAUGGCUAUGGCAGACACAAGCCUGAUAUGAAAGACAUGAAUGCGGCUAUGAUGUGGUUCUUCAUAGCCCAAAUACCAUACAAAAUAGCCCUCGGUUUCACGAAAGUCUCCCUCGUCCUUCUCUACCUCCGAAUCUUUAUCACCAAGACAUUCCAGCGCGUUGGAAGAGGAUACUUGGUGGUAAUACUCGCCUGGACGAUCGCAUCAGUCUUAGUCACGAUUCUACAAUGCAUCCCGAUUAAAGCAUCCUGGGAUAAGAAAAUCGUCGACAAGAAGUGUGUCGACAAAAACUCAUGGUGGUAUGCCUUCGCCGCCAUCAACACAGUGACGGAUUUCUUAAUAGUGAUCCUUCCAAUCCGGCCAAUCCUAAAUCUGAAGCUUUCGAAGCAAGACAGGAUUGGGUUGCUCUGUGUGUUUGGAAUUGGCGCAUUCGUUUGUGUCACCAGUAUCCUUCGAACCGUCGCUGUAUCUCAGACAUCUACCGGUCUAGAUCAAAGCUGGGACUUUAUCCCCCGCUCAACGUGGACUUUAGUAGAAUGCAACAUGGGAAUAAUUUGCGCCUGUCUCCCCCUCCUCCGUCGCCCACUAAGCUUCAUAUUCCCCUGGCUCUUCCGUCGUGGAACAACAAGGGGUAAAUCAGGAAAAUCGUAUGAGCCCACUGAGCUCCAAUACAUGGAGCGAUCCAGACGGCUUCGCGCAACGCAGAGUCAGGAAGAGAUACUUCAGUCAGAAUCUGAAGCUGGGAGGGACUCGCCAAAGGGCGAGGAAGCUCAGAUUGCGGUUACUACAGAAAUUCGGCAGGUUACGACGGCUGAAUAUGAUGCUGAGUUACAGAAACGGUUAAAGUUGGGUAUGUAA